GAGAAAAACGUCCAUGUAUUGACUUGUCAGCACAAGGUUGUAGUUAUAGUCAUCGAAAUGAUUUGUGCAUAUUUUUAGUUUGUUUAUUCAUUAUAAGUCUUUAAUAAUACUCCCGACAUUACCAAACUAGCGUCCAAUGCUAAAUGAGUAGAGAUGCUAAUUCCACAGGCAUCUCACGUCUGUUUGUGGCGCUUGUUUGCCGACAGCGAAAAAUAAAAUUCACGGGGCUUCGGAGAUCCAGUCUGUCAAAUUGAAAAUGGAGUACAUGCAAGCUCCUGCUAGCAGCAGCCAGGGUAAUAUCCUGUGCUGUACCUGCGGUGUCCCCGUCCCUCCCAACCCUGCCAACAUGUGUGUCGACUGCCUGCGAACUCAGGUCGACAUCUCAGAGGGAAUUCCCAAACAAGUCACAGUACACUUCUGCAAGCAGUGUGAACGGUACCUUCAACCACCAGCCACCUGGGUGCAGUGUGCUCUGGAGUCCAGGGAGCUGCUGGCUCUUUGCCUAAAAAAGCUUAAGAGCUCAAUGACCAAAGUGCGUCUCAUUGAUGCUGGCUUUCUGUGGACCGAGCCGCACUCAAAGAGGAUUAAGAUGAAACUGACCAUCCAGAAAGAGGUGAUGAAUGGCGCCAUCCUGCAGCAGGUGUUUGUGGUGGAGUUUGUCAUUCAGUCCCAGAUGUGUGACGACUGCCAUCGUGUGGAGGCCAAGGACUUCUGGAAGGCAGUCAUCCAAGUUAGACAGAAGACUGUUCAUAAAAAGACAUUCUACUAUCUAGAACAGCUGAUCCUGAAGCAUAAACUCCAUCAGAAUGRUCUCAACAUCAAAGAAAUUCAUGACGGGAUUGAUUUUUACUARGGCUUCAAGCAGCAUGCACAGAAGAUGGUUGACUUCUUGCAGUGCACUGUGCCCUGCAGGUGUAAAACAUCUCAGCGCCUCAUCUCUCAUGAUAUUCAUUCUAACACCUACAACUAUAAGAGCACUUUCUCUGUAGAAAUCGUUCCUGUGUGUAAGGACAAUGUUGUGUGUCUUUCACCGCGGCUGGCGCAGAGCCUGGGGAACAUGGGUCAAAUCUGUGUGUGUCUUCGUGUCACCAGCACCAUCCACCUCAUCGAUCCUCGCACGCUGCAGAUUGCGGAGGUGGACGGGAACACGUUCUGGCGCAAUCCCUUCAGCAGUCUCUGUAGCCCACGGCAGCUGGAGGAGUUCAUCGUUAUGGACAUCGACAUCAUCCGGGACCAGAAGCUGGGUGCCGGGGCCGGCAUGAGGUCCAACAAGCACACCCUGGCUGAUGUGUGGGUCCAGAAAACAUCAGAGAUGGAUACGAGUCAGCAGUACCACUGCCGCACCUACCUGGGCCACCUGCUCAACAUCGGAGACCUGGUGCUGGGGUAUGACUUUGCCAACUCCAACAUUAACGAUGAAUACCUGAACAAGAUGAACUCUCAUCAUAUUCCUGAUGUGGUGCUGAUCAAGAAGAGCUACGACCGCAGCAGGAGAGUGAAGCGCAGGAACUGGAAACUGCAGGAGAUGGCCAGAGACCGUGAAGGCAUGGAUACAGAUGAUGAAAGACAAUACCAAGACUUCCUGGAGGACCUGGAGGAAGAUGAGGCUUUGAGGAAGAAUGUCAACAUCUACAGAGAUGCCUCAAAGAUCCCAGUGGAGAGCGACACGGACGACGACGGAGCGCCUCGUAUCUCCCUGGUGGAGAUGCUGGAGGAGCUCAGUCUGAAUGAUGCCACAGGAGGAGAGGGCGCUGACAUGAUGACAGAGUAACCAGCUGCUUCUCUGCCGCCUGGCGUCUACAGCUGAUAUAUCUUAUUUCAGAUCUGAUGAUAUAAUCACAGAAGGUCUGAUUUUGACUUAGCAAAGUGAGCACUCAUUAGGUUUGGGAAUUAAAAGAGAAAAAACAUCAAGUGUGAUGACUGACGAUCGUAAUAAAUUGGGACUUUCUCUACAGCAAAAAUAAUUUUCUCUGGCCUCUUCUACAGCACAUAUUUUCAUAUAACUUCUUUGAUUGAUACAAAAAUGGAGUUCUUCUAAUAAAUAUUUGCCUUCGCUCGUCAACACA